UAGACCUAAAACCCGGAAGGUUACAUGUGUUUACAGAAAAUGGUUGCCUCCAGUGAAAAUAAAAAUGCGUUUCUCACGAAAUAGAAAAAUUAAGUUAUUUAAGAUCUUAGGAAUUUUAACAACUGCCGUUAUAGUUAUUCUAUAUAUACUAGCGGCAUUGAAACCUAAAGUAACACCAUUAUAUGCAAACGGUGUUGUUGAGGCGAACAUAGGAGAUGUCAGGUUUGACUUCUCUACAGGAGUGUUUACAUUCACCAAUAAAGAACAAAAUGUGUAUUUAAAGGGAUUCGUGUCCGAAACUCUGAGAUCAACAUCAGCUUUAUCAUGUAAACCAAAGAGUAAAGCAUCAGAUAAGAACUAUUUGUGCUUGGUUUGGAUAAGAUAUGCCAAGUUAGAGGUGAUUCAACACCAACAUGAUAGCUGCCACGAUGUCUAUUGGACAUCAACAAGUCGUGACUUCACUCCACAUGAUUGCUUCACCCUACGUGGACCACAUCACUGGUUUGGAGGUUCCUUACUGUCCAGUCAGUACAUGCCACUGCAGUAUGCUGAAGUUCCUAUGCAGCCAUAUAUCACCAAUGAUAUUUUAUUUAAGUCAAAAGUUGAAAAAGAUCGUACCAAUGUUUUUGGUAAUGUUGUUGAGAGAUUUUGGAUAAAUUCCAAUGGAGUUGGUAUUGUAGUUGACAGUAGUGUUCCUUUGCAUGUUAGUCUGAACGAAUCAGGAAGUAGUCUUUUAUGUUUCAAGGGAGAUUACAAUGAAUCACCAUUCCCUAAUCCAAACAAUGAACCUCCAUUUUUGAAAUAUACAAUUUGUAAAGAAGAUAAUGUAAAAAAGAUGAGAGAUUUUUUCCAGAGAACUCACUUUGAAAAACCACAGGGAAUUCCAGAUUUGUCUGUUAUGCAGAAAGUAACAUGGUCUACUAAAGCGAAGUAUAAAUCUGGAUUGAAUCAGAACGUAGUUUUAAAAUAUUCAUCAAACAUUACAAAAAUUGAUAAAAGGAAAACAAAUUUUGAAAUAUAUGAACCUUAUUCAUCUGCAUAUGGAAAUUUUGAUUUUAGAUCAGAUUUUUUCAGUAACUCAGCUCAAAUGGUUGGUAUCUUAAAACAGACCCAUUCUGAUGUCAGUGCUGUUUUAACACCAUUUGUGUCUGUAGAUAACAACACUAGAAAUUUUGCACAGAAUUCAGCAUUAUUUAUUCAUGACAAUGGAGGGAAAGCACCUACACUGACUGGAUGGUAUGGUGGGUUAGUUGCAAUUCUGGAUUUUUCAAAUCCCAAAACACAAGAAUGGUAUAAACAAAAACUAGAAGAUAUGAAAAGUAAUUUCAAUCUUAAAAAUUUUACUUUCCAUGGUUGUGAAACAAAUUUUAUUCCGUCAAGUCAUAAAUCACAUCAGUUCUUAAAAAAUCCAUGUACAUUUAUUCAAACUUUUAUAUCAAAUGUGAUCAAAUAUGGCUGCCAAGUGACAUGUGGUCACAAAACACAAAAAUUCCCAGUUUAUAUACAUCUAAGUAGCAGAGACUCUACAUGGAGCCAUUAUAAUGGACUCAAUAGCAUCAUUCCUGCUGUUUUGACUCUUGGUAUCCUUGGUUACCCCUAUGUUAUUCCAGAUGUUAUAGGAGGUAAUGGAUUCAAGGGAGAUAAUUUUAAUGAGACUUUAUUACCUGAUAGAGAGCUGUACAUCCGCUGGUUACAGGUAGCUACAUAUUUACCUGUAAUGAAGUUUUCCAUUCCACCAUGGGAUUAUGAUGAAGAAAUGGUGACAUUAACAAAAACAAUGUUAGAGAAGAGAGAAUCUAUUUUACCUUUACUUGAGAAGGCAGCAAGAGAAGCAGAACACUAUGGGUCUCCCAUUAUUAGACCAUUAUGGUGGGUAUCACCAACAGACCCAGAUGCACUGGCAAUAGGUAACCAGUUCUUGGUAGGAGAAACUUUACUUGUGGCACCAGUUCUGUCGCCAGGGACAACAGAGAUUGAUAUUUAUUUACCAGAAGGUACUUGGCAUGAUGAGCUCAAUGAUAAAUAUUGGGACGGAAAACAAUGGCUGAAAUCUUACAAGGUAGAACUUCAUCAGAUUGCUACAUUUACACAGGCUAGAACUAUUGGUACAUAGCAGAAUAUUGUAAAAUUUAUUGUUAAUUUGUCUAUUAAACCUAUUUAUCAUGGUGCUAAAAAACUAACAAACCAAAAAAUGCAUAAUCAAAUCAGAUUUGAUCAUUUUGUACAUCCUAUUAGACAUGCUUAUAAUGCUACAUCAAUUUGACUGGACAUUGAAUUCUUAAACUCUUUUAUAGGAGGGGGGCAGUUGAGGGGUAGGUGCGGUGGUUUGGGGUUGACAAAAUUGUCAGUCAAUUUCAUGCAAAACUAAGAAUCCUUUGAUUAUUUAUUUACAAAUACUCAUGUUAUAAGUAGGCCAUCAUAGUAAUUAUUUUGAAAAUUGUAAAAAAAAAAAGAAGAAAAAAUCCAGAGCAUUGUUAAGUUUGAGUAGAUAUGGUUAACCCCAAAAAAUGUGCCAACCAGACGUCUUAAAAGCAGACGUGGAAAGGAGAUGCCCCAUUUCUUUGUUAGGGGUAAAUUUCAACUCUUAUGUCCUAAUCAGUAAAUUUCUGUGCUGAUAUUAAGUAAAGUAUGAAAUCAAGAAAAAGGACCUUUCUAGAGACAGUACAUUUAAACAUACAUAAUAUAACUACAUGUACUGCUAGUUUGUAUUGUUGGAAUCAUAUCCUUGCAGAUUUAUCAGAAUCCUAAAAUUUAUGGAUACUAUAGCUAUACCUAUAGUGUCGCCCUUACACAUGUUAAAUAAUACUGCUGAGAGAAAAUAAAAAUAUUUUUAUGGGCCAGCUGAAGGACACCUAUGGGUGCGGUAAUUCUCGCUACAUUGAAGACCCAUUGGUUGCCUUAGGCUGUUGUCUGCUCUAUGGUUGUCGCUUUGACAUAUUCACCAUUUCCUUUCUCAAUUUUACAAUUUAGAAUUUUAAAUACAUUUGUAUUACUGACUUUGAACAUCUUUAUACUAUACAGGGCAUGAUAGAUUAUUCAUGUCAACAAUGGUCAAAAGGCAUGACAGGGUAAUAUACUGUUUAUAUAAAAAGUCAAAAUAUUUCUGUGAUAGUUUGAAUGUACAAUGUAUCUUGUAUAUUUGAGGGGGAGGGGGGAAGAUUUAAUUUUUAAUUUGGAAGUAUUGACAUUUUUUAUGCACAAUUUGAUUUGGUGCAAUAUCACCAAAUUGAUAUACAUGUAUUACAACUACCGGUAUUAAUAAGUUAAAAAAAAAAAAGGUUUGUAAGUAAUACUCAAUUGACUGUGUGAAAUUUUUAAGUUCAUAUUAUUUUUGUUAUAAACCACAUUUUAGACUUUCUUUUUUCUAAACCUUAUAUAAACAUUAUGAUGAGUGAUUCAUUCAAAUAAAUAUAUAUAUUACAGCAUAUGACUGAAUUGAUUGUUUAUGUAAAUAUUUAGUUUCUGUAUUUUAAAGUAUGUUGCAAUUUUGAUAUUUUUAUUGAUAUAAUCAGUUUAUAUAAUUAUCAAUCAAUAAACAAGAAUAUUUAUGUAAUGAUGCUGUUUAACAUGUUCAUAUGUAAUCCAAAAUGUGUGAUAUUUAUGCCCCACCUACAUAAUGUUUUCUGGUCGUCUGUUUAUCCAUUCGUCUGUCUGUCCUGCUUCACGUUAAAGUUUUUGGUCAAGGUAGUGUUUGAUGAAGUUGAAGUCCAAUCAACUUGGAACUUAGUACACAUGUUUUCCUAUGAUAUGAUCUUUCUAAUUUUAAUGCCAAAUUAGAGGUUUUACCCCAAUUUCAAGGUCCACUGAACAUAGAAAAUGACAAUGCGAGUGGGGCAUCCAUGUAACUGGACACAUUCUUGUGAAAUAUAACCAUGUUAAUUUUAAGUUGACAUUUUGUAUACAUGUAUGUGACCUGCAUUUGUUUUCACCCUUGCUCUUUUGUCUAUUUAAUGAUGUCGUUUCAUAGCGAAUCAUGGCUAUUCCUUACUUUUCUAGUUUAAAAGCACUGUUGACUUAUCAGUCUUUCUUUUAGGAUUUGAAUUUAAUAUACUAAUCAUGCUAAUAGUUGUCUUAUUUUGUAAGUUAUUCUUGGGCAAACAAUAAAAAUUUUGAUUUGGGGAAAUUGAAAAUACAUGUACGUAACAAAGCUAAAGAAAUUCUAGAAUUUGUAUCUAGUAGGCAUGGAAGAAAUAUGUUAUUAUGAAUGAUUUAUACAAGGCCAUAAUUGUUUUUUUGAGUUUUUUCUUCCAUCUAUUGUCUAGUUUUAUUUGAUAAAACUUCAAAAAAAUGAAUAAAUGGAAGUUUGUAUCCUUUUAUUCCCAACGAUUAUAUAAAGUGCAGUAUCUCUUAAAUGUAAAAAAAAAUUCAAUGAAUCCAACUUCAUAUUAUGUGUUAUGAUAUAUAUAUAUGCAAACAGGAAUGAUUACACAGCUAAAUAAAUUUCCAAAAAAUUACACCUUAUUUGAUGUAAAAUUGUCUUCAAUACUUAAAUAUCAGGGGGAAAAAAAAUAUAUUUGGUGCUAGAUAUAGUGUGUAUUAUAUAUAGGUGAAUGCUGGUAAAAGCUAUCUGUAAUAAAAAUUAACAAGUUAUACUAAUAUUUAAAUUUGAAAGUGCUUUCUUUUGUUGAAGUCUAGAUAUUGACCUCUACAUGUUAUUUUCUUUUUUCUGUAUUUGCUGUAUUAUUGCACACAGCAUUUCCUUUAUCUUCUUUUUAUGGCCCGCAACAAAGUUGUCAGUGCUAUAUUUUUUACAGAAAUUCUGUAAUUCUGUCAUUCCGUAACAAACCAUUAUACCGAGUGUUUUUCUAAACGCCUUCUGAUAUUUGGCUGAUUUUCAGCAUGUGAGUUAACCAAGAUGAGUUACAGAUCAAGUUAAAGUUUGGUUCCGCUAAUUUUUGCCAAAAUUUAGGGUUUACAACUUUGAAAGUUGACAAAAAUUACAGUUAUAUUUUAUAUUUUUCUACACACCUCCAGAUUUUGAGCUUAUUUUUGAUAUGUGAGUCUACCAUCAUGUUUGUGUCCACAUGCCUUAUUGAAAUUGCAGAUUUUUCAACUUUUUGAGAUGGGGCCAUUUGUGUCGUUUUGACCCAUCUAGUCUGUUAUGUAAUUCAAAAUGUGUUACUGAUUAGCUUCCACUCUUUUGUAACAGAUAGUUUUUGCCAAUGAUUUUUGUUAUGAUUACAUUUUGCAAACAAAGAUAUUCAUGAUAAUGUGCCAUAAUUAAAUUGUUUAUUAUUAAUAAUUUAUUAACCAGAAAAUAAAUUCAAUAUCUUGAAUUUUUAGCUCACCUGGCCCGAAGGGCCAAGUGAGCUUUUCUCAACACUUGGCGUCUGUCGUCCGUCUUCCGUCGUCGUCAUCGUCGUUAACUUUUACUAAAAUCUUCUUCUCUGAAACUACUGAGCCAAAUUUAACCAAACUUGGCCACAAUCAUCAUUGGGGUAUCUAGUUUAAAAAAUGUGUGGUGUGACCCGCCAAACCAACCAAGAUGGCUGCCAUGGCUAAAAAUAGAACAUAGGGGUUAAAUGCAGUUUUUGGCUUAUAACUCAAAAACCAAAGCAUUUAGAGCAACUCUGACAUGGGGUAAAAUUGUUUAUCAGGUCAAGAUCUAUCUGCCCUGAAAUUUUUAGAUAAAUCAGAGAAUCCGUUGUUGGGUUGCUGCCCCUGAAUUGGUAAUUUUAAGGAAAUUUUGCUGUUUUUGGUUAUUAUCUUGAAUAUUAUUAUAGAUAGAGAUAAACUGUAAACAGCAAUAAUGUUCAGCAAAGUAAGAUUUACAAAUAAGUCAACAUGACCAAAAUGGUCAAUUGACCCCUUAACGAGUUAUUGUCCUUUAUAGUCAAUUUUAAACAAUUUUCAUAAAAUUUGUAAAUUUUUACUACCAGUAACAUUUUUCCACAGAAACUACUGGGCCAAGUUCAUUAUAGAUAGUGAUAAUUGUAAGCAGCAAGAAUGUUCAGUUAAGUAAGAUGUACAAACACAUCACCAUCACCAAAACACAAUUUUGUCAUGAAUCCAUCUGCUUCCUUUGUUUAAUAUUCACAUAGACCCAAGGUGAGCGACACAGGCUCUUUAGAGCCUCUAGUUCCAUUUUACAAAUGUCAGGAUCUUCUUAAAAAUUUGAGCACAGUGUCAGAAUUAAUUUUUUUUAAGCAGGUCAUUUUUUGUAAAAAUAAAGUACAUUUAGUCAGUUCAUUGUACUGCCGUUAAAAAACGUGAGUAAUGUUAGUGUUUUAUUGUGUCCUGGGCUUAUUCUGUUAACAUUGAUUAUAAAAAAUAGUUUCAAAAGCAUAAUGUAUAAUUUUAUAUGCUAUGUAUGUUUUGAUUGCCAUGUGUGUUUAUCUGUAUAUAUGCCAUGUAUGUCAGUGUGACCUUAUUUAAUGAUGUACCUGCAAAACGUUAUAAAUGUUCAGACUUUUUUUCUAAAUGCUUUCAGAUAUUGGGCUGAUAUUUGGUAUGUGAGUUAUCCAUGAUCAGUUACAGAUCAAGUUUAAGUUUUGUUCUGCUCGGUUCAUUUUUGCUGUUAUUUGGGGCUUUGGACUUUUAUAAAUAUUUGAAAAUCAGUUUAUAAACGGACCUCUUUUCUAAAUGCUUUCAGAUAUUGGGCUGAAUUUUGGUAUGUUACCUAGAUUAAGUGUUUACAACUUUAAAAAAUGUUGGAAGUCAUAGUUAUACAGAAUUUUUUUCUAUAUUCCUCCAGAUUUUGAGCUGAUUUUGGAUAAGUGAGACUACCAUCAUGUUUGUGUCCACAUGUUUUAUCGAAAUUGCAGAUUUUUCAACUUUUUGAGACGGGGCCAUUUGUGUGCUUUGACACAUCUAGUUUUUGUCGAGCCUGCAACUUUUGUUGCAGAAAGCUCGACAUAGGGAUAGUGAACUGGGGGCGGCUACGACUGCGGCGGCAGCGGUGUUAGCUCACUUCUUAAAAGGUUUAUAUUUUAGAAGGUGAAAGACCUGGAUGCUUCAUACUUUGUAUAUAGAUGCCUCAUGUUACGAAGUUUCCUUCAGUCACAUGUCCAAUGUCCUUGACCUCAUUUUCAUGGUUCAGUGACUACUUGAAAAAAAAGUUCAGAAUUUUUGUAAUCUUGAAUUCUCUCUUAUUAUAAGUAACAGGAUAACUAUAUUUGGUAUGUGCGUACCUUGCAAGGUCCUCAUGCCUGUCAGACAGUUUUCACUUGACCUCGACCUCAUUUCAUGGAUCAGUGAACAAGGUUAAGUUUUGGUGGUCAAGUCCAUAUCUCAGAUACUAUAAGCAAUAGGGCUAGUAUAUUUGGUGUAUGGAAGGACUGUAAGGUGUACAUGUCCAACUGACAGGUGUCACCUGACCUUGACCUCAUUUUCAUGGUCUAGUGGUUAUAGUUAAGUUUUUGUGUUUUGGUCUGUUUUUCUCAUACUUUAUGCAAUAGGUCUACUAUAUCUGUUGUAUGGAAUGAUUGUAAGGUGUACAUGUCUAGCGGGCAGAUGUCAUCUGACCUUGACCUCAUUUUCAUGGUUCAGUGGUCAAAGUAAUUUUUUUAAGUUUUGGUCUUUUUAUCUAAUAUUAUAUGCCAAAGGUCAACUAUAUUUGGUGUACUGAAAUAUAUUAUGAUCUAAAUGUCAUUCCUGCAGGUUUGAUUUGACCGUGACCUCAAUUUCAGGGUUCAUUGCACAGUGUUAAGUUUUUGUGUUUUGGUCUAUUUUUCUAAAACUUUAAGUAA